AUGCUUCAUGCCAUCAAAAGAGAUCAUUACCCCAAACACCCAGACUUGAGCCCUCCCCAGGAGUCAGAACCCAAGACCGGAGCACCGCGCCGAGCGCCGCGCCAGUGCUCCAAGGCGAAGUACCUGGGAAAGGUGUGUGAAGUCGUUGAAGCAACUGUCGGCUGGGAGGAAGCCCUCGCCAUGCUGAAGGAGAGGCAACUCUUUGCGCCCAGUCAACAGCGUCCAGUCGUCCUCCGCGGCCUCGCGCGGCACCUGCUGUGUCCGGCCGCGGGCGCCGCUUGGAGCUUCGAGCAGUUGGGCGCCCGUGCGGGUGACGUGCUCGUGGAGGGCGUGCGCCGCGGCGCGGGGCCGGAGCAGCAGACGUUCCACUACGCGGACGAGUCCAAAGACACCUGCUUCAGCGACGCCUCCGCCCACCACCAGCUUUGCAGCCCGAUGUCAUUGGCCGAGUUCCUGCGUCGUUCAGGCGACGGUUCGCUCUACUUGUGGGCGGUGCUGCGGACGGUGGAGGGUGGCACCAUGCAGGACAGGAUCGAGCUCGGACGACGCUUCGAGCUGACCUGGACGCCAUGCGCUGGGAGACCAUCAGGCAGCUUUCGGAGGAGCUGGGAACCUUGA